UGUAUGCAUACCAUAAGGAACAUAAACGUCGUGCAGAGACUCUUCAAAGAUUGGUUUACAUAGAAGUGUAUGGAAGCGUAUGUGUCAGUGAGAUACAUGAUAUGUCAAGUAGUGACGUUGGACAACUGAAUUUUGAAGGUUAUCAAACGACAGAAAAAUUGAAGUUUUAACCGGAUACCUUUUCAAUGCGGUAGGUCGCCGUUUCGAGCCCGGCAACUACUUAUUAUUUCCUGGGAACGUUACGUCUCAUCGUGACGGUAAAAUAUCGUGUAAAUAUUUAAAAAAAUCUAGGUCUAAACAAAGGUUAGGUACGAUUUAAAACUAAUAGAAUGGCUUUAGGCACAAUAUUGCAGAAAGCUAUAGACCUGGUUACCAAAGCAACAGAAGAAGAUCGUAAUAAAAAUUAUGAAGAAGCACUUAGAUUGUAUGAACAUGCAGUCGAAUAUUUCUUACACUCUAUCAAAUAUGAAGCGCAAGGAGAUAGAGCAAAGGAAAGCAUAAGAGCGAAAUGUACUCAGUAUUUGGAAAGAGCUGAAAACUUGAAAGCAUAUUUGAAGAAAAAGAAAAAACCUGUAAAAGCAGGUGAAGAUAACUCUAAAGCAGAGGAUAAGAAAAGUGAUAGCGGGGACAGUGAUACGGACAGUGAUCCUGAAAAGAAGAAACUUCAAACUAAAUUGGAGGGUGCGAUAAUUAUCGAAAAGCCAGAUAUUAAAUGGAGCGAUGUAGCUGGUCUUGAUGGGGCUAAGGAGGCUUUAAAGGAAGCUGUUAUCUUACCGAUACGUUUCCCUCAUCUUUUUACCGGAAAACGAAUCCCAUGGAAGGGUAUUUUAUUAUUUGGGCCACCUGGUACCGGUAAAUCUUAUUUGGCGAAAGCUGUAGCAACGGAAGCGAACAAUUCAACAUUUUUUUCUGUUUCAUCUUCGGAUUUAGUAAGUAAAUGGCUUGGAGAAUCCGAGAAACUUGUAAAGAAUUUGUUUGAUUUAGCUCGUCAACAUAAACCUAGUAUUAUAUUUAUCGACGAAAUUGAUUCACUUUGUUCGUCACGUUCUGACAACGAAUCAGAGUCUGCGAGGAGAAUAAAAACAGAAUUCCUGGUUCAGAUGCAAGGUGUGGGAUCAGACAACGACGGUAUAUUGGUAUUGGGAGCUACUAAUAUACCAUGGGUAUUGGAUUCUGCUAUCAGGAGAAGAUUUGAAAAGCGGAUUUACAUUCCUUUGCCUGACGAGCAAGCUCGUGCUAUAAUGUUUAAACUUCAUUUAGGAAAUACUGCUCACUAUCUCACAGAAGAAGACUUUAAAAAAUUAGCAGCUGCUACCGAUGGAUAUUCCGGAGCCGAUAUAAGUAUUAUUGUGCGAGAUGCGCUUAUGCAGCCAGUUAGGCAAGUUCAAACCGCAACUCAUUUUAAACGUGUAAGAGGACCGUCGCCGAAAGAUCCUUCCAUUAUCGUUGACGAUUUAUUAACGCCAUGUUCACCCGGAGAUCCAGCCGCUAUUGAAAUGAGUUGGAUGGAAGUCGAGGGUGACAAAUUGUAUGAACCUCCCGUAACUAUGAAAGAUAUGCUAAAAUCGUUAGCAACUACUCGUCCUACGGUGAACGAAGAAGAUAUGACCAAGUUAGAGAAAUUCAAAGAGGAUUUUGGGCAAGAAGGUUGAUAUUUAGACUCAUUCAAGAAAGAUAUUGGACACUUUCGACAGUAUCUUUCAGUUAUCCAUGCACUUGCCUUAUGUCUUUUUUGAUUAUCGACAUUGCUGUCUAGUGUUUCUAUGAAAUCACUUUCGUACAUUUUUUCCUUCUUUUUUCUCAAACAGUCAAUUCGCAAUAACAAUGAUAACAUUGUAAACUUGAGGUUUUUUCAUGAAUAUUGUUUAUCAGAAUUGACAUAAAGGAAAAGAACAAGAGACAGAAUGAAAUAUAUAUUUUGAAGUGAAAUGCUGUUAGAUUUUAGUCGGCAAAAAAUAAAAUUAUAGACUGUUUUUUAAAUAUUCAUAAAUGCAAAGAAAAUGUUGAAACGCGUAUAACGAAUUCCGUGCGUUUUUUAACUUACAGUUAUCGCUAUAGUUGUACCUAACAAAUUAACUGUACAAUAUGUAGGUUUAUUAAGUAUUUCUGAAUAAUAUUUUGAUUUCAGCUGUC